CCAAAACAGAGGACUUAGCCUGAACCUGGGGCUUUAAAUGCUAACCACUGAACCACCGCCAGUAGAUACUGUCUUUGGAGAAACUGAGGCAGGCCUAGGACCGAAGCCAAAGUGGGAGCCAGGAGUCCAGCCCCUGCCCAAGCCCCCCAAUCUUUGCAAACUGUAAGUUGUAGGGAGUCCUUGAGAAUUGGGAGGGAGCCCUCUCCACCAUGAAAGCAGUGACCCUGCCUUGUCAGUAAAGUCACUGUUUUCUACCCCAGAUAUCAGACCUUUUACCUUUUCUGAUUUCUGACUUUAUUUAUAGGAAUUCUCUUACAGAUGGCAACAUAAUAAAUCUUUUAGUGAUACAUUAAUAAGCCACUUUUAUGGGGGGAAACCUGUAUGAUUCAAUAAAGGGCAGAAUCAGUCUUAAAAUUCAUUUAACGAAUGUUUAUUGAGCACCUACUCUGUUCCAGGCAGAUACUGGACACUUGAGAUAGAGCAAAGCAUGAUUCCCUAUUCCCUUGGGGGUCACAGCCAGUUUUCCAGUGGGGGCCCAGUGACAGUCCUCUACCCCUGCCCCUCACGGAAGGAGUAGUGUUAAGGAGUUACGGAAUUCUGGGUUGAAAUCACAGCUUUGUCACUGACUAGCUGUGCCACCUCAGGCAAGUCACUUAACUUCUCUGAACCUCACAUUCCUCAUCUACUCAAGAGAAACUAUUAAGGCCUCUGGAGCAGAGUUGGUCUGAGAAGUAAAUGUCGAGAGGGGAGGGGAGCUGGCCUGGCAUGGAGAGUGGCACACAGUAGGGUCCCGAUGACUUGGUUACUUGUGGGUGGGAGAGUAUGGAGGAGGUUGCCCCAUCCGUCAGAAGGCUUGACUGUUCUGGGCUUCGCUGUACCCUCGGCCCAAGGCUGCAGCUAUCGGGGAGCCUCAGCUCAGGGUGACAGUCCUCGCCAUGCCCAAGCCCCUACUCUGUACCAGGCUCUCAAAGGGCACUGGAUUCAGUGUAAGGGAGCCCGUUGCCUCUUCACCACAGCCCGGACAGCUGCAGAGUCUUCAGCUCCAUUUUAGAGAUGGGAAAUGAAGGCUCAGCCAGGGUCUUGGUUGAGAGCCUCUUGGGAGGGUGGAUGGCUCUGUCCAGAUGUCUGUCCUCCCCACACUAGUCACUAGAGGGCGCCAGGGCUCAGCAAACGGGGUUGGGCCGGCCCUCGUCCCCACCCUAGGUGCCCCACCCCUCGUAGACCCCAGAGCUAGGAGGGCAGGGAAUAGUGUGACCUCGAGCGCUCUGCACUGUGGGGAGAAGAAAGUAGACCCCAGGCCUGGGAGGAGGAAGAGAAAAGAAAGGGGGAACCAGAGGUGGGGACUCGAGAGGCCCCUGAGGCUUUUCUCACAGGAACUCCCUGUUCUCCAGUUCAAACACAGAUGCUACCUCUCUCCUCUCUCAUUAACGUGUGUGUGUGUGUGUGUGUGUGUGUGUAUUCCUCUUCCUCUCUGUGGAUUCCUUUCUUUCUCUCAUUCAGUGAUUCUUUUUCUGUACUCUGUGUGCACGUGUGCACGUGUGUGCGGCUGGCUCUCUGUGUGUCUCCCUGUUUUCUGUCUCUUUCUGCUCUUUGUCUCUCUUUAAGUCUCUGCCUCUAUCUUCUCUGUAUGUUCCUGUCUUCCUCUUAUUAUGCCCUUACCUCUCUUUGUCUCUGUCUCUCUGUCUCUUUUCACUCUCUCUUUCCAUCUCGGCCUCUAUCUCUCUGUUUCGUCUCUGUCUCGCUCAGUUUCACAUCCUGUCCCUCCUCAGCCACCACCAGCCAGCACAUGUGGGCUAAGGGUCUCAGUCCCUUCCCUCCUGUCUCCUCACCCCUGGCAGCUGCUCACGGCUUCCCAAUCCUGGCCUCUCCUGCCCGCCCCUCUUGGGCCUUGUGGGAGGGGGGCGAGGGAAGAAGGGAGGGCAGCCUGGCGGGCCCACCCCUUUUUGCCUUUCCAGGCUGGGAGGCUGGGCCAGUGGGCCUUUUAACCAGCCUGGGCAGGCUGUGCCGGACACCAGCCCUGGACACCGUGCCUGGCCCCCGUGGUUCCGGCAGCCGCCAGCCUGGCCAGCCCGGUCAGCAUGCAGCAGCAGCCCCCACCCGGGCCCCUGGCCCCUGCGGCCGAGCCGACCAAGCCCCCCUACAGCUACAUCGCCCUGAUUGCCAUGGCCAUCCAGAGCUCACCGGGGCAGCGGGCCACGCUCAGUGGCAUCUACCGCUACAUCAUGGGCCGCUUCGCCUUCUACCGCCACAACCGGCCCGGCUGGCAGAACAGCAUCCGCCACAACCUGUCCCUCAACGAGUGCUUUGUCAAGGUGCCCCGUGAUGAUCGCAAACCGGGCAAGGGCAGCUACUGGACGCUGGACCCCGACUGCCAUGACAUGUUCGAGCACGGCAGCUUCCUGCGCCGACGCCGGCGCUUCACCCGACGGGCAGGCGCCGAGGGAGCCAAGGGCCCCGCCAAGGUGCGCCGCAGACCCCUCCGAGCCACCAGCCAGGACCUAGGAGCCCCCGACGCUGCGACUGGCAUGCAAUGCCUGUUCCCACUGGAGCUGCCAGAGCCCAAGGGCCUAAGCUUUGGGGGUCUGGUGGGGGCCUUGCCAGCCAGUGUGUGCCCGGCCACCACCAAUGCCAGGCCUCGGCCACCCUCGGAGCCCAAGGAGAUGCCCACGCCCAAGCCUGCAGGUCCAGGGGAGCUCCCCGUGGCCACCUCAUCUUCCCCGAGCCCCGCAUUUGGCUUUCCUGCCAGCUUCUCUGAGGCUGAGGGGUUUAGCAAGGCCCCUGCCCCCAUCUUGACCUCCGAGGCCACCAUCGGGGGCAGCUACCAGUGCCGGCUGCAGGCGCUGAAUUUCUGCAUGGGGACUGAUCCUGGCCUUGAGCACCUCUUGGCCUCAGCAGCCCCCUCCCCUGCACCACCCACCCCUCCAGCCUCUCUCCGGGCCCCGCUGCCCCUGCCAGCAGACCCCAAGGAACCCUGGGUUGCAGGCAGCUUCCCUGUCCAGGGAAGCUCCGGCUACCCACUGGGGCUGACCUCCUGCCUAUACAGGACGCCAGGAAUGUUCUUCUUUGAGUGAAGCCAGCCGGCCUCAGGCAGUCCCUGCAGAGACUCUGCCAGCUACGCCCUCCAGGUUGAGCCUGACUCUAGGAUCUGGGGAGCUCUCAAAGGACGCGGGCCUGGCAAGCCCACAACAGCCGGGACAGGAAGCCAAGACUGGCGUGGUGAACACUCAGCCAGCGCCCAGGGUCUCUGGACAGACUUGGGGGUGAGGGGAAGCAGGGCUCCCUUGGGAUUUACUCUAUGGCUCUCAGGGCCAAUAAAACCAGUGUGAUGAUGA